CCGGUAAAGGGGGAGAACUACAAAUGUGAGGCAGUAAGGGAGGAGCUCCCGGACCCCUAUAUAUCCAUGAUUUUCUUCCAAACAGUCAUGUCUUUCACAUCCUUGAUCCUCCACAAGCUGCCUGUAUAUCACCAAGAUGAAAGCUUUUGUGUUGCUGUGUCUGCUGCAUGCAGCUGCUGGCAUGACUGAGUUUAGCUGGAAUGGACCUCCGGCGGUAAAAGGAGACUCUCCCCCAACUAUCAUUCCAGGGGUAGAGCGAGACGUUUCCAUCACUGAUCCGGUGCACGCCUGCACAGUGGACAAGCUUUCUUGUGAGUGCUGCAAGAUGGUGGCAGAGACGAAGAGACUGAAGACGUACUUUGACUCAACUCUGACCCACCUCGAGAUGGAGUUAGAAAAGGCUAACAAAAGUUUUGCCACUCUUAAAGAUAGUCGAGUUGCCUUCUCUGUCUCUCUCUACCCUGGGGACAACUUUAAGUGCUACGGGCCGUUUGGUGUCGACACCGUCAUCACCUACCAGUACUCCUUCAUUAACCUUGGAAUGGCUUACAACAUGAACUCUGGGAUCUUUACCGUCACCCUACCUGGGGUCUACAGCCUGGCCGUGACUUCCUUCAGUGAUGCUGGGUCUCCCGGUAAUGUGUUGGCUGUCUGCACCAGCCUGCAGGUCAACGGCCAAGCAGUGGCUGCAUCCAGAGAACUCAACUGGAACGACCAAGAAGACAGCACAACCAUAGCUGUUGCUCUGAAACUAAACGCUGGAGACAAAGUGUCAGUCAAUUUGGCCAGGGGAUGUUUCCUCUGCGAUGACUAUAGCCACUAUAACACUUUCAGUGCUUUUUUGCUGUAUGCCGAUGCAUAAAUUAGGGCAUUUGCUCCCUUCUGUGUGUUGUGAUCUGAUCUUUAUAAGGAAAACCUUAUUUUAAAAGCAUUAAUUAAAGCAUUCAGCCUGGGCAACCUGAAAGCUUUCCCUCCACAAAAUGUUACUGUCCUUGCUUUGUAACAUACUUUUUUUCUCAUGAGAUUAUAGCAUUUCUUGACUGAUUCAUUGUCCAAACCUCUAAAUAUUCCAACCUUGUCAAUGGCUUUAAGACGAAAAAGUUUCCUUAUUUUGUGAUUUUCUUUUAACGUUUAAGUUGCCAUAUUUCUUCUAGACACCAGGAAGAGUAAAUAAAA